CAAUCGUUGUUAGACAUUGCUUUGCUGCUUAUCAACGUUUAUUUCUCGUGCUAACGCGAUACGCGAUACGUUUUUGGCUUUCAUUAUAUUCGUAAAUUUUUCUGAAGAGAUAAACGCACUCUCGUGCAAGGUAAACGAGUGCAUUUAGCGAGUGAAUGCGCUUUCGAGUGUGAUUUUACGCCUUUUGCAUUUCGCACCAUUGUUGAGAUCAGCAUAAAUAAAUUAUUAUAUCGGAGCGAAAUUCAUGACCUCUGGCGUGUGGUGUGUUGCUCCAAAGUAGUAAGAGUGUAAGUGAUUUGAGCACUUACUAUGCCACGCAGAAAACAGCAAAGACAUCGCCCUAUAGGGGAAGAUACUAGAAUAGCAGUGAAUUUAACUAUAAAAAAAUUAUUGGAAACUCCAGAUCAAAAGGAGCUAGAAUUUCCAUCUUCGUACACAGCAGAAGAGAGAGCUUACAUCCAUGAACUAGCUAGACAACUUGGUCUAAAAUCAAAAAGCCGAGGGAAAGGUAUGAAUCGAUUCUUGACGGUAUAUAAGAGAGAAGGAUCAACAAUAGUUCAGGCUGAUGCUGUGAUAAAAUUACGAAAACCAUCGAAGCAAAGCAUAUAUAAUUUGAUGCAAACCUUUCCAUUAAAUCACAAAGAAUGUCAAGACUUGCUGCCUCCAAUCGAGAGAGAGCGUCCUCUCAAUAACGAUGUAAAUACAAACACUAAGACAAUGGGAAGGCUGAAUAAUAGUAUACCACAAGUACCUCAGUUAAAAACUAAUUUUGAAGUGCUACAUUUUCGCAAGUCUUUACCAAUUUUUAAUGCGAGAGAAGAAAUUAUUAAUGCAUUGAACAAUCAUCAAGUUGUUAUAAUCGCGGGUGAAACGGGAUGUGGCAAAACUACACAGGUACCGCAAUACAUCUUGGAACACUAUCAGCAAAAGCAUCAGGCUUGUAGAAUCAUUUGCACACAACCCAGGCGUUUAUCGGCUGUAUCCGUGGCCGAAAGAGUGGCGUUCGAAAGGGAAGAAAAAAUUGGCCAGACAUUCGGAUAUCAAAUAAGACUGGAAAGUAGAGUAGCUCCGAAAACUCUCUUGACAUAUUGUACAAAUGGAGUACUACUUAGAACUUUAAUGGGCGGAGAUUCUGCCCUAACUACGCUCACGCAUAUCAUCGUCGAUGAAGUUCACGAACGGGACAGAUUUUGUGACUUUCUUCUGAUAGCCUUAAAGGACGCGUUAGUUAAAUAUCGUUCCUUAAAAUUGAUACUUAUGAGUGCUACAAUGGACACCAGUAUCUUCGCAAAAUAUUUUAAUAAAUGUACUGUCACCAACGUUCCGGGCCGAUCCUAUGACGUGGACGUGUAUUUUCUGGAGGAUAUCUUGAAAAUGACUGGUUACAUGACGAAGGAAAUGCUCAUGAAGAAAAAGGAAUUUUUAAAAUGUAAAGAUAAGCAGAAAACUUUGGAAUCUUGGAAGCAAUAUAAGCCCCAACAUUCUAAUAAAAAUACCAAGAGCGAAAAGAAUUUGCUACCCGCUCCGAUUCUAGCUCAACAGAGUGACCCUAUACCAGAGAAAGUUAAGUUAGAACCUUGGCUGAUAGAAGAAAUGGAUAAGAGUAUUCUCGAUGCUUGGGUAAACGGGAGAGAAGACAACUUUGCACAGCUCCUGCAUUUUAUACUUUCAGAAAAUGUCUCUGUGGAUUAUCAGCAUUCCGAAACUUCUGUAACACCAUUGAUGGCAGCUGCUGUUAGAGGGUGCAUAAACACAACCGAGCAACUUUUAAAUCUAGGAGCGAAUCUUAAUUUGAGAGCCAUUAACGGUUGUACCGCGUUAGACUGGGCAAAGAGCAGGAAUCAUACCGAAUGUGCUGAAUUAAUCGAAGCUUACAUGAAAACUUAUGAUUGCGCGGUAUCGAAUAAUGAACUAACACACGUUGCGGAGACAACUUCGCUCUCUGAAGAAGAUAAAUUAUUGCUCGAUAUAUACCAUCAUACAUUUAACGACGAUAAUAUAGAUUACAAUUUACUGUUAGAAUUAAUCUUUUACAUUCAUAUAAAAAUGCCUCAUGGCUCUAUUUUAAUAUUUUUACCGGGAUAUGAUGAUAUAGUGACGAUGAGAGAAAAAAUAAAUGCGGAAGAGAAAAAAAUGAAUCAAAAUUUACGCUACAUUUUAUAUGUACUUCAUUCGAAUAUGCAGACUUGUGAUCAGAAAAAAGUAUUUAAACCCAGUCCUCAGGGUACACGAAAGAUUAUCCUUUCUACGAAUAUAUCGGAAACUAGCAUCACAAUCGAUGAUGUCGUGUAUGUCAUUGAUUCGGGAAAGGUUAAGGAGAAGUCUUUUGACGCUAUAUCGGGCGUUUGUACGCUGACCUCCAACUGGAUAUCUCAAGCUUGUGCAAAACAGCGGAAAGGUAGAGCAGGCAGAUGUAGAAGAGGAAUUUGCUAUCGUUUAUUUUCUUCGGUCCGAUAUAAUAAUAUGCAGCUUCACCAAACGCCUGAGAUUCUACGAUUACCGUUGCAAGAAUUGUGUUUAUUCACUAAACAUUUAACGCCGGGAAACACACCUAUAGCUGAAUUCUUGGAUAAAGCUUUGGAGCCACCGUCUAAUGUAGUGACUAGAAAUGCAGUUCAAUUAUUAAAGACUAUUGAUGCGCUAGAUCCAUGGGAAGAUCUCACUGAAUUAGGGAGUCAUUUACUAGAUUUGCCGAUUGAACCGAGACUCGGGAAGAUGUUGCUAUACGCCGUCGUUCUAAAAUGUUUGGAUCCCAUUUUGACAAUCGUUUGCAGUUUAGCAUACAAAGAUCCCUUCAUACUACCGUCGCAACCAUCGCAAAAGAGAGCUUUAACUGCAGCACGAAAAAAAUUUGCGACUGGAACGUACUCGGAUCAUAUGGUAGUAUUGCGAGCAUUCCAGGGUUGGCAGAACGCUAGAGCGGCCGGCAAAGAACGUGCGUUUUGCGAGAAAAAUUUUAUCUCCGCUCCUGUCAUGGAGAUGGUGGUCGGAAUGCGUACGCAACUACUUGGCCAAUUGCGCGCAUCUGGAUUCGUUAGAGCUAGGAGUCCUGGAGAUAUUCGGGAUUUAAAUUCUAAUUCAGAGAAUUGGGCUGUUGUGAAAGCAGCCCUGACCGCAGGCUUAUAUCCCAAUUUAAUUCGAGCUGAUCGAGAGCAUAUGCAGUUACGAACGCAAAAAGAAGUUAAAGUAUUCUUCCAUCCGUCGUCGACCUUGAGAGAUUAUCCCAAAUCUCCGAGGAUGACAUCCGCACAAACACAUGCAGCUAAUGUACAAACUUUACCAUGCGAUUGGUUGGUUUAUGAGGAGAUGAGCCGUACAGGACGUUUCUGUCAUGUGAAAGUCGUUACACUUGUUAAUCCAUUAACUGUAGCAUUAUUUAGUGGACCAGCUAGAUUACCAAUGAAUAUAAUUUGUGAAACUGAAGCUGUUCCGGAAAGCGAAUCGGAUUCAGAGGUUGAUGAAGCUCAUGAAGGGACUAUUUUUAAACUCGAUGAUUGGGUGGUAUUUAAGCUUGAUCCCGAAACGGCCCAAUUGUUUUUAUAUUUGCGGCAGAAGUGGAACGCUUUAUUCCUCAGGCGUAUGAAAGCACCGAGCAAAGCUAUGUCAGCGUUAGAUGAAAAAGUUAUAAACACUUUGGUGACAGUAAUUACGAAUGAGGAGCAAGCGUGUGGGCUCCAACAGCCCGCUGGUAUUGGCCAACGGCCACGUCCAUUAAUCGUCGAUUAUUACCCUGCGAACGUUAGAAGAGACGAUUAUCCAGAAAGAUAUUUCUAAAGUAAGAAGAGGAAAAAUAUAUAAAAGUCUGUUGUUGUGUACAAUCUACAAUUUGUGCAUUUUUUGGUCGCUAAUUUUAGCAAAUAGAAAUUGCUGUAUCUAAUGUACUGUUCUAUAUUUCUAGAAUGAGUCUUUUUAUUGAUAGUGGAUAUUUAUAAAAGAUAUAUAGUGUGCUGAUUGUAUAUCUAUCUAUGGAUAUUUAUUGAAUGUAUGUGAAUGCUUUUCAUAUAAAUAUUGCAUUCUAAUUUACAGUAU